AAUGCAGUGAGCUGGAGAGAGACAGUGGACGCCCAGCGAGCAUAGUAGUGGCGAUGGUCGUAGCUGGGGCGGUGUUGUUGUUGUUAUGAGUGAUUCAACAUGUCCGCCACACCCCCAGCGCGUCGACGUUCCAAUCCUGCCGUGACGGUCCGUCGGGCACAGAGCGAACGCCGGUACCUGAGCCCCUGGCAGGUUCCCUCUCGUUUCUGCAUCCCAGGGGGUCGUCAUGGCUGGUCCCGAGUUGAGCACCAUCACUAUGCCCCACGCACCGCUUUCAUCCCCCUAGCUUACUCACGCCCGCAUCCUCCUAGGAUGCUAGGACAGUCGCAGAUGCUGCUGGGUGCUGGGUCGCAGCCGUGGGGGUCCAUGCGCCACCGCCCCCUCCCGCCCAUAUCACACGUCCACCUCCCACCCAUAGCGCUGGGGUCGCCGCCCCUCUCACCUAGCACCCUGGCAAUAGGUGCCCCUCCAGGGGUGAUGCCGACCAUGACCCUGGAAGAGAGGCUGUCGCAGGAGAGGGUGACGGCCUUUCUGGCAGGGGAAACUCUGCCUCACCAACCACGUUCCAUACUGUCUUGCCCAGAGUCACCAUUAUAUGAGUCCCUCAUCUCGUACUUCUCAGAAGGGGAGGACAUCUUGACCAUUCCAGACACUGAGGGCGAGCAUGAGUAUCAACAGAUCGAGGUGGUCGACACCAUGCCCAAGAGUGACAAAAAAGCGCAGGGAGCAGCUUCCGCAUUGUGUCAGGAAUUUGGUUCUACGGAAGCCGAGAGUGACUCUACCGACUGUAAGCCGCCGCAGGAAGACCACCAGCAAGAGCAGCAGCAGCGACAACAGAUAACGACAGCAAAUAAGCUCCACACACUGGAUGUUAAGCCUGAGAGACAUCACAACAAAGAGACUGAAGUCAGUGACGAUGUCACAUGCAGCUGCCAGACUAGUGGUUCAGUGAGCCCGAAGAGUGAUAAUGAUUCUGGCUCCUCCUCUCCCCCUCCUAAGACAGCAACAAAGAGCUCCACACAGUCACUUUCUUCUCAUGAGAGUCACAAAAGUGCCAUUUACAUCAUCCAUGACUCGAGCAGCUCCCAGGAAGACAACACCUCUGCCAUCACUGUCUCAGACACAUACAACGAGAUGAAUCGACCGCCGACGGUCAUCCAUAUUUCGAGUUCCAGCAAGUGUUCAGUUGAUCAGAUUAGUCCACACGGCAGCGAGAAGAAUGUGAGUCGGAGAACUAGCGUUAAAAACAAUAAUCUGAACGUUUCCACAAAUCAAAGUUCCUCUUCAUCAUCAAAAUCCAACAUAAAGACAACUUGCUCUGCCAAAUCCAGCAGCGUGGAACCCGCGUACACUGCUCAGGUGAUAACCCGAACCAAAUUACCUGAGGUGACGUACCCACCGCUCACUAUAGAGUUGCCAGAGACAAAACAAACUCCCUGUAGACCAGAGCAAACCACCUGCACUACGAAGAACAAAUCUACUCAGGCUUCUCUUGACUCGGCGCCCCACAUCAUAACAACACUUGAUCCACCUAUCAAAACUGCAAGACCCCCGUCAAGACCUUACAAAUCAUCCUAUAAUUUCGCUACGGCGACACAAUAUUCCGAGGACCCACCACCCUUAGUUGUGAACUUCGAUUCCGAGCAUUCUGACAGUGACGAUGUCGGAGGUGGAACUGACAGCGAAACAGACUCCAUUGCAAGUACCUUUAACGACAGAAACUCAUUUUAUAUGACGGAGGGGGACACCAGUUCUAUAUACUCGUCAAUAGCGGAGAUCUACUCAGUGCUGAGCACCGACCAGGAUUCUCUGGUGUACGUGUACAGGCGACCACCAGACAGUAACAACCACCACUCGACGUACUCCACCCUCAGUUACCGGUUCCCCAGCUACGUCCUCGCAAGGGGCGGCAGUAGCGGUGGCAGCAGCGGCGGCGGCAGCAGCGGCGAAAGUGACUCUUCGUGGGGCGGCGGCAGCAUCUCCUUCGUCGAGCCAAGUUACCGACCCUCAAACCUCUCGGUCGGCGCCCGGGGACACCUCAAGAUCGACUACUCUUGGUCUUGGGACCGUCUGGAUGAUUUUGUAAGGGCAACAAGCCCCAGGGGUAGCAGUUCAGACGACCAGAGGUCCGCUCGUGGACCUCGGUCUCCCCCCGGGGUAACCACGGGCUUCAAGGCCCGCCCCGAGGGCUGGUUCUCCCUCUGGGAGAAGUAUUCAGACCCUGUGGCUGGCUAGAACCUCCCUAACUAAAGGCUCCUAAGAAACAUGGCCAGCUAGAGUUUUCUGCCAUUUCAAGUUAAGCUAGGAUGUCCUGGACCUUAAUGUCGACUUGGAUCUAUUGGGAUCCCUCAAACCAACUAGGAUCUUCUGGGACCCCUCAGGCCGGCUAGGAACUCCUGGGACACCAAGGCUGGCUAGGACCUCCUAGACCCCAAGGCCGGCUAGAACCUCCUGGGACUCCAAGCCAGCUAAGACCUACUGGGACACCCAGAGCAGCUAGGACCUCCUGGGACUCCCAGGCCGGCUAGGACCUCCUGGGGCCCCAAGGCCGGCUACGACCUCCUAGGACCGCUAGGCCGGCUAAGAUCGUCUAAGUGAAAUUACAGGCCGCUUAAAUACGCAAUCUACAAUAAUUUGAGAUCUAGUGAGCCGUGUAGUAUCUACUUGAUGCAUUAGAUAAUCUCACACGCCAGUCUACACUGCAGUCUACCUUGCACUGCAGUUUACCUUGCACUGCAGUUUACCUUGCACUGCAGUCUACCUUGCACUGCAGUUUACCUUGCACUGCAGUCUACCUUGCACUGCAGUUUGCCUUCCACUGCAGUCUACCUUAUACUGCAUUUUACCUGUCACUCUUGUCUAACACAACACUCUACCCUAUACUGCAGUCUACCGUACACUUCAGUCUACUUUACACUUCAGUCUACCCUACCCUAGGUUUAAAAUCUAUCGACUACACAGGCUCAUUAAGUGUUCAUUAUUCUGCACACCAUCAGUCAGGUAUACUUUAUUUUUUUUUAUCAUGAUUAAGUAAACUCUAAGCGUAUAUACGCUGAGCAAUAUACAUCUCAUGUAUACAUACGCAGGGAUAUACAUCUCAAGUGUAUAUACACUGAGAUAUAUAUAUCUCUCGGUGCAUAUACACUGAGAUAUCAACAGAAUAUUAUACAGGGGAUCCGAAGCGAGGUGGUCUGAGCAAGAGUCUAUGUUGGACCAUCCAGUCACUCGCCUCUCAAGCAAAACACCUCGGUUCGAUCCCUCGGUCAUUUUUCCUGUUGAUUCUCAGUUGUUUAUCACAAUUUUACCUUGAUAUACACACUGAUAUACACUUGGUGCAUAUACACUGGCAGAUAAACACCGCCUCUGUGUAUAUACAUUGAGAGAUAUACAAUUCUCAGUGAAUAAAUCUUUGCGCCAGUAUAUAAAUGGAUUUCGAUUUAAUAUUCGAAAUAUAUUUAUAUGCUGACUUCUGGAAAAAAAACAAAAAAAAAAAAGGAAGAGCGAAUUGUUGGGUUAUAUUUUAACAAAUUAUACAAACUUAAAUAAGAGAGAGAGGAAUCAUAAAACAAUUCUGAAUAGUACAGUAUUUUCCGGCAUAUAAGACGCACCUUUUUUUCUACAAAAUGUCUUGGAAAAUUACCCUGCGCCUUAUAUGCUCAGGGUGAAGGGUAAGCUUUGGGUUACGUUUUAACUUUACGUAAAGUAAGAAGGUAAUUAGCACUUGAUUAUGAUUCUGAUUUACGGUUAUGAUACUUAUGUCGUGCGCCUUAUAUGCCGGAAAAUACGUAUGUAAAAUUUAAAAUUGUAUUUAAAGUAAUUAAAGUUUAAGGAAUAUAAAAGAACUCUAGAAGUGCAAAUUGGAAACAAUGUAAAGAAUUAAGAGUAAACUAUGCAUAAUCAAAAAUAAUAACUUAUAGAAAAGAUAGAUUUAUAGGAUCACCUAAUAAAAAUUAAAGAUAGUUGCAUGAUUGGUUAAUUGGGGCUUUAAGGCUAUCGACUACUCAGAGGGUCAUUAAGGCUGCAGGUAACCUUUUCACCACCAGACAAGAGGACUUUAAUACAUAAACGGACAGUGAUCAGAGUAUUCUUUCAGCAUAUAUACACUGAGACACACACACACACACACACACACACACACACACACACACAUAUCUCCCUCGGUGUAAACAUCCUGGAAGCUUGUUUUUCUUGCGUGUUUAAAGAGACCAGAAAAAAAACAGAACACAGCAUGUGAGGGUAGCCAUGAACAACACAGCUGGAUGAAGGCAGCCAGGUACAACACGGCUGGAUGAAGGCAGCCAGGUACAACACGGCUGGAUGAAGGCAGCCAGGUACAGCACGGCUGGAUGAAGGACGUAAUCUCCACAGGCAUGAAGAUGUGGGACCCACAUAGCAGAACAACAUUUCGCUCUAGGGAGAGCUUUUUCAAGGUCUCUUCAGAACGAACUGUUGUCUCGACAGUUGUUUGCUGUGCUACAUUGUGUCUUUGUUGACACGAAUGAUAGGUUUAAAACGUAUUGAAUAUAUGUCGAUAAAUGGUUCAGAGAACCGACAAGUUGAUAAAUCAGGCACAUAUGCAACACUUGGAUAUCUUUGAGGAAACGUUCUUCACCAUUCUCCUUUGUACGGACUGAUGAAGCCACUGUAUGGCGAAAUGUUUCCUCAAUAAAAAUACCCAAGUGUUGCAUAAUGUGUAUUGACUAUACUAAGAUCAUUAAGGCUGCACUUGCUCACCAUCAGACAAAAAGAUAUUAAUCCCAAAAUUAAAGAUUAAAGCAAACUCUCAGCAUAUAUACGCUGAGAGAACUACACUGAGAGGUGAAUACAGGACGUUUAAAAAGAUGGAGCCAAUUUCAAAGAAGUUUGCUUUGAAAUAAGGUUUAUCUUGUGGAACACUCUGUAUAUCCCGUGUCCACAAAUUUCUUGAAAGGGCGAUGGAGGAUUUAGAAGAGUAAAAUAUAAAAAUUGAAGAUAGUUGUGCAGGGCUAAUUAGA